AUGAAUCCUCAAGAUCUUCGUAAAAUAUUCAAAAGAGUAUUCAACACAGCUGCAAACAAUUAUAUGAAAGGCACUUCUUUUUCUAGCGAUGUGGAUUCGAUUGAUUGGAGCAAAUUCUCUGAUGAAAAAGCAACCCAUUUGAAUUCUACUAGUAGCAGUGUUACUCGUCAACCUUUAGAGGUUUCAAAAGUUAUUGAUACCUCACUUUUAGACCCAGUUAAAAAGUACUUAGAACAAAAGAAAAAUGGCUUGAAACCAGUACUUCCCUCUAUUCCUGAUACUCUUUCUCCCAAUGGCCACCAAAAACACCUCUUCAAGUAUUGUGUUGAGAUGAUAAAGUGCGAUAAAAAUGUCAAAACUGUCGAUGGACCUUUACAGCUUGGCUUAUCUGGUAUCAUUAAUACCAUUACAACAAAUGAAACGAUUAAUAUCAAGGAUUACCUUGGUGAAGGAAAGUUCCAAGAUUUGGCCAAUAUAAUGAUGAAAAAAGAUAUGAAUAAACGGUGUUUCGAUGAUCAUGCAGAUGCUAUUGUGAAAACUGUUUUAAAUAGUUAUGAUGAAGGAGGUAUUGUUGGUGCACGUAAAUACAUAUAUAAGAAAAAAUUGGAAUUGCUGGAUAAAGAUGGUUACACAAUUGAUUCAAUCGAGGUAAAAAUAUUUGAUAUUUUUACCUACCUGGGUGAAGCAGUCUCACAAGCAACAAAAAAUGAAAUGCUCGACGCCCUUUCAACUUCAUCAUUUGGUCGAAGGAUCGACAUGCUUGUUAUGACCCAAUCUGAAGACGGCGAAGAAGGAUGCGUUGAACUCUCUGCUAACGAGCACAAAAAAGGUGAUGCAGAAUUCGAACUUGUAACUGAGCAACAAUCCAAGAAUAUCGUCACCAACAUCUGUAUCUUGUCUCAAUUACGAAAACGAUUUGGGGUUGAUAUCAAUGUUAAUUGUAGCACCAAUCCAUUGAUAAUGGACGUAAUUGGCCUUCGUGCUUAUUUAUACAGUGUUGCCAGAACUGAAGAUGUAUUUGUUGCAUCGAAGGUUUCGAAUAACUAUGUUGUGUUGCCCACUUCUUUAGCAGACUUUGAUGAGUUUAUUGAGCAAGAAAGUAUGUACCUUUUACUAAACUAUUCGAAAUAUAUCAUUGAUGCUGCCAAUGACAUCGUUGGUUUAAUGGAUAAGACAACAAAAAGACGAUUUGAAACUAUCAUGAAUGAUCAGGUCGAUAAAGAAAGCCCAAGGAUCUUUUUCGCGGAUAACAAAAAACCAAAAACAACUUAG